AUGCCGCUCAUUACUCUGGACUACCAGGAUGCCUCAACUCGCAUGCUUUCACCGGUAGCACCUCAACCAGAUCACUCAAAGACUUUUGUCCAUUAUCUACCACUCGGUGCCACCGUGUUGCUGCUACUUGCGCCACACCCCUCCGUUAUCUUCGUCGUCGUGAAAUAUCACCUUUUAACCCUGGAGGAACCCUUGCUGCUUUUUGUCCAUCUUGCUGCAAUAUACACGCUUUCGUUCCUCGCCUUCUCAUCUCUGAUCGUGUGUGUUGCGCGGGAUCCUGGUCCAGUGAAUUCCGUCGACGAGGCCGGUCGAGGGGAGGGAGACGGCCUGAUGAUGUCCACCGUGUCGGACGAUGUGGAUUUCAACGGACCAGGAAAGUGGUGUCGGGAAUGCUGGGCACCGAAACCCGAACGCACACACCACUGCUCGCACUGUGGGAGGUGUGUCCUUAAAAUGGAUCACCAUUGCCCGUGGCUUGGUGCUCGCUGCAUAGGCCACAGAACGUACCCGGCGUUUGUUCACUUCCUGACAUCUGUGACGCUGCUCGCUACGUACAUUGCAUUUGUGAACGGCUCCGCGCUUUGGUUUGCGUUCAACAACGUGCUCGCGAUUGACGAGGCGAUAUACUUGCACGAACUCAGCUUGUUCUUCGCAGGCGUCAUCUUCGCACUGGUCAUAGGGUCUUUCCUCUUCUACCAUGUAUACCUAAUUUCGACGAAUCAAACUACGAUAGAGAACCUUUCGCCGUUCAUGCUGCUCCGACAUCUCCCCCCUCUCCCCGCAUCUAACAAUGCUGGACGCAUACUCUCGGAUCCCCCAUCAGAGCACGAACUUACGUAUGAACAGCGAUAUAUUGUGCGAGAAGCGCAUGGCGCGAUACGAUUGUACGACAUCGGGUUGAGACGAAAUUGGGCGCAGGUGUUUGGAUGGGAGCGGAGGUGGGGCUGGGUUCCCAGACUGCUACACGGUGGAGGAAGCAAGGGCGAUGGCAGAAGCUUCGUGCGCAAUCCACGCUCCGACGACAUGCUCGCGACAUUAGCUACUGAACUUGUUAAAGCCGGCAAGGACAAUUGA